AUGAAAGGAAUACAGAAAAUUGUAUCUCUUAAAGCUUCUCUUAAUCUCGGUUUAACCGAUGAACUAAAGAUUGCUUUCCCUAAUAUUGUACCAUCCUUAAGACAUUUAGCUAAAAGUACGAAAAUUCUUACGAAAGCUAAGUCUUCAGGUAGCUCCGAAUUGAUGAACGUCGGACAGUGGAUGGCAGGAUUUGUAUCAGGAGACGGUUGUUUUGCGAUUACUGAAAACAAAUCUUCUUCUAAAAUUUAUGUAAGAUUAGUAUUUAGUAUAACUCAACAUAGUAGAGAUGAAUCACUAAUUAGAUUUAUGGUUGAUUUCUUUGGUUGUGGUGUAUAUCGUACAUCUUCUGCAAACCGUACUACGGUAAAUUUUGAAUGUUUGAGUUUUUCAGAUAAUUAUGAAAAGAUCAUACCGUUUUUCCGUGAAUACAAUAUAAGAGGUGAAAAAUCGAAAGAUUUCGAAGAUUGAUGUAAAGUAGCUGAAAUCAUAAAAGCUAAAGAUCAUUUAACUAAAGAAGGAUUUGACAUUAUUUGUCAAAUCAAAUCUGGUAUGAAUAAAGGGAGAUAAGUCUACAUUUUAGACAUGAUUCUACACUCCUUUAUUCUAGAAAAACGGAUUCCUAAUUUUUUACGAAUUGAUACAGAAAAAAAUAAGCCUCCCUUCUCAAAAUUUAAGCGAGUCGGUGGAGGUAUUAUUUUUAUAUUUAAUAAAAAAAAAGGAGAUAAAAAAAAGUAUAAUUACACCCUCUU